AAAACUCCCUUCUUCCUCAAUCGUCGCUUCAUUCUUUUCGCCCUCUUCUAAUUUUGUUAACUCUUCAAGAAAAAUGGGGAUUCCGACUCUUACCGGAUUGCUGAAACUGGUCGCCGGGGAGUUUCCAGACCGGAGAGCCUUAUCCGUAUGUGGAAAGUUCGAUCUCUCACAUUUCCGCCUUCAAGAACUAGUAGAUUCCGCCGCUUCCAAACUCGUUGCCGGCGGCGUCAAACCCGGCGACGUCGUAGCACUUGUCUUUCCAAACACCGUUGAGUUUGUGAUAAUGUUUUUGGGUGUGAUCCGAGCUCGAGCGACGGCGGCACCGCUAAACGCGGCCUACACAUCGGAGGAGUUCGAGUUCUACAUGUCGGACUCGGAAUCGAAGCUUUUGGUAACCUCAACAGAAGGCAACGGCCCAGCCCAAACGGCGGCGUCGAAGCUCAAAAUUCAACACGCCACCGCAGCACUGCCCGGCGCACUGAAUUGA